ACCACCACACAGAGCUGCAGUGUAUAUGCACAACUGAAAAGGAAGGUUGUGCCACAAUUCUUCAGUGGAACUGUUUGCAUUAUUUAAUGCCAGUUUCUCCAAAUCAGAAAGAACUGAGCCAAUUUAUGGGACAAUGAAAAGCAACACAUCUUCAGGACAUCCUGAGAAGGGUGGAGAUGAAGGAUAUUGCCACGCAAAAUGUCCCAACAAAGACCAGCUUCUUGUUUGGAGCUGCAGGCUGUGAGGAGUGGUGCACGACCAGGUCCCUGUGCUGCUGCCUUUGCCUACCUCCGGGAAAGCGCCUGGCUGUUGCUGACAAGGAAGAGCUGUGAGUAUCUGGGGUGACAGCUACCGCUACAGAAAAGGGGAAAAUUACCUCCCCUCACAUCAGCGGUUGCUGCCCUAUCUCUCCAGCCCCGCUGCAGGAGUGGCAAGCCCUAGAAAAGCUCCAAGCACCCACUGGAACCAGGUUUGAGAAGAUUACUCUGUGCCUCCUACUAGCAAUCAUCCACAGUAUUUUUCCCAAAGUACUUUACUGAGUGGGUAAGCACUUCCUUUUUACUGAUGGGAAAACAGACAGAAAAAGAUGAAGUGGUCUGCCCGGGAUAACCAGCUUGGUAUGCUGCCUUUUCAAAGCCCUUAGGAUUGCAUUCUUUACCCGGCCGGGGGACAGCCUGCUGGAACGACACUGAACUGGGCUCAAGGCAGCCCUUCGGCCCUGAGUUGUGCUCGCUGGAGGGGAACAGGCUGAGGAGAGUCCCCAGCUCACAGCUGCCUCCUUGGCUGCUUUUUCAGAUGGCCGUGGAAAUAACCCCAAGGGGCCAGACUUUCAGUUCUUUGUUUUGUUCUCUGACCCAAACUGACUUUGCGAUGACUGGUUUUAUGUUCAAGGGAAGACCAGCUGCCACCAUAUGACACACAUCCCUGAGGACCUGUCUCCUCUUUGACACCUCAUUGAGACUUUCUUGUUAAGACAGUUGUGCCUGUGUGAAGAGGAAGAGCACUUAUUAUAUUCCUGUGCACAUAGGUGCGGUGAGAGGGCUGGAUUUUCACUGGGUGGGAGGCAGUUUGACUACUUCUAGCAGAAGAAACUUUUCCUGCUGGCUGCAGGGGGUUUGCUAUGGUCUCAUUUCAACUUGCAGGCUGGAGGAUCUAUUUUGAACUUACUCAGGUCCUUGUGAAAAGAUGAGUGACCUAGAACUCCCUUUGGCACCAGAAGCACUGUGAUGGCUCCUUCUUCCUAAGGCAUCUUGUGAGGAAGGGCCACUAUCUGACAUUUUCUCCCUGAUAACUCUGGUGAUCACAAUCUGAAGCUUUCAGACAAUGAGCAGCAAAGAAGGAUCUAGUGCUAUGUGUCCCAGAGGCCUGCAGGACAGACUUUAAAGGACAGCUGAGCAGAACAAGUAGAGGUUCAGACCUAGCUUCAGAGGUUGCAUGGUCCUGGGUUUGUGACUGCUCUGACUUGGUACACUAAUUUAAGCUUAUGGCACCUAUAGGAUCAUAUUCAUGCUGGUGUGUUUAGGAUAACAGCAACUUUGUUCUUUAGCAAGUCAGAACCUCAAGUCUAAAAGCCAGACAAAGAAAGAACAAGGCAGGGAAGGGGAGGAUGGACAAGGGAAAAGACAAGCACUGUCUCUAACAAUAAUUAUCAUUUGCUUGUCCAAUAGGAGUAGCAGAACACAUUUCUCCUGAAGAUACUCUUUGAGAGUCUGAUUUUUCCAUGAAUCUCCAGUUCAGUGAUGAAUACUAUCUCUUGCCCUAACCACCAGUUGCAAACUAGCCAGGGAUUUCACUUACAUUUGCCUCCCGUGUUGCCUCUGGGCAGGACAUAGGACAGGUUACCCACAGCAGAGAACCUGCCACCACUGUAAGCUGGAAGUCUUCUCAAGGUAUAAUUUAAGCGAACUCAAGAGGAAAAAUAGCCCAGAGACAGUGCCUGUGGCCAAAAGCUCAGGCAGAAGUGGUGUCAUGUCAGUCCACAGCUGUGCAGCGAGCUACUCUGCAUCUUCCUGCCUUGGUUUCUCCCCUGUGAAAUGGUGAUUAAAAUACUCAUCUAUCUAACAAACAUGAUUAAAUGUAGGUUGAAAGAACUCCCUGUAAAAACCUUGAGAACUCUGAGAAUGGUGGUCCUGUUCGCUUAAGACAGGAUCUGGUCUGGAUACUGAACUCCAAAGGGAAGGACAUAGCAGGGCCAAGGUGCUCACAGCUGAGCACACAGACUGCCAGGGGUGUGCAGGCACGGGAGGAGGGUGAACACGGAGGUGAUGCAAGAAGUAUUUAUUUGGGUUUGUUUGCUAAAGACAUCACGUACUGGCUUCAAAAGCAAAACCUGAUCGAAAACCCAAGUGGCAAUGAAAAGCUGCCAACACUGCUUUGUCGGGGAGUUUGGGUGACAAAAAAGAAAAAAGAAAAGAAAAAGAAAAAAGAAAUGCCAAUUUCUCCUUCUCAGUACCCAAAGCCCAGCCCUGGCCCCCUCGCCUUUUGGAGGGCGACCCAGCGGUCCCUUGCCUGUGGCGUGGGAGAAGGGAGGGCAGCCCUUGGUCGGGCAGGGUGACCCGGCACGGAGAGUGCACACACACACAGACACACAGACACACGUGUGUGCUGUGCACACACACCCCCGCAGCUGAUGCAGGAAACCAACCGCGGCAGCACAGCCCCCACCGGCAAAACCCGCGUCCCGGGCCAAAAAAGGGGCGCCGCGGCGGAGAGCACGACGCGCCUCCUCCUCGUAUUUCCUCCCCCGCCCACUUCCAGCGGCGGAGGGGCUCGCUGCCGCCGCCGGCUGCCGCCCGGGAUGGAAAGUUGUAGCCGCGGCGGGAUGCGCGGCGCGGCGCAUACGGAUUAACUGAGCCCCUUGACAAGUUUAUGGAGCUGCCAUCUCUCUGCUUGCUGUACUUUCCGUUUCUGAGAGGAGAAAGUGGUGCAUGAGAUUAGAGGAAAAUGCCUCGGACAAAGCAGAUACAUCCCAGAAAUCUGAGAGACAAAAUUGAAGAAGCACAAAAACAACUUAAUGGAACAGAAGACCAACAGAGAGAAAUCACCGAUGCUGGUACUAGAGGAACCCAAGACACAAUUAAGGGCGUGAAAAGAAAAAAGAUUGUGUCUGAAAACCAUCUUAAAAAAAUACCAAAAUCGCCUUUGAGAAGCCCUGCUGAAGCCAAGGUUAAGCAAAAUGUAGACCCUUCACCGCUAAAAGCUCUUCCGGAUGCUUCCGAACGUGCCACGGCACAGGAUCACCUGCCCGUGCAAAAUGGAAAUCAAUGUACCAAACAAAAUGGGGGAGCACUUAGCAGUGAGAUAAGUGUUGAAACAACCAAAUCUGAGACAUCAAUGCAGACAAAGCUUUCACUGACGCAUCAGUCCUUAGAUUUGUGUAAACAGGCAGCGGGGAAUACUGAUGCAAACCAACUGAACUCAGCAGAGAGGAAGCCUCCCUCAAACUCCUCAUCAAGUAAUACAAAGACUGACAGUAAUGAAUGUAUUAAUUUUGUUGAUUGCAGUACGUCGUCCCCAUGUACGCGUACUGCAUUCGAUGUCUUACUAAAAGCUAUGGAGCCUGAACUGAAUACCUUAGCACAAGAGUGCCCCCCUUAUGGGAUGCAGAUAGAGAAACUGAGACCAAAUAAAACUGUAAGCACCUCUUCUAGUCUCACGUCCAAUACAAUAAGUGUCCAAAAUCAGUCUGCUUUGUCACAGCAGGAGUUUGCAGCUGGACCUCCCUAUUACCCGUGUACGUUGAACAAUGUGCAUGUAGCAACAACAGCCAAGACUGGACAAGCACAAGGCCAAUCAGUUUCUCAUUCACAAGACCUUAUUACUAAAACCAGUCAGCAAAAUCACCAGGUUGUUAUGUGUCCAAGUUUAACUAGGUCGCUGGUGCAACAGCAGAGUCAAGAAAACCCCAAGCUCCAGCAGGUCUACAGCAUAGCAGUAACUUCGUCUGUCGUUCACACCUCAUCUUCCACUGUAACUCAGGUUUUUUCUCAAAACCCCUUAGUAGCUACUUCAUCUUCACCAUUGUCAAUUAACACAUCAAGUUCAACACACUUGUCUAUAGGUCCCGUGUAUAAUUCAGCCCAGAUAACAUCAGUUGUAAACCAUGGUGUAGAACAAAUAUGUAACCUCUUGAAAGACCAGAAGCCUAAAAAGCUAGGGAAAUACGUCUGUGAGUAUUGCAAUCGGGCCUGUGCCAAGCCCAGUGUUCUCCAAAAGCACAUCCGAUCCCAUACUGGAGAGCGACCAUAUCCUUGUGUGACAUGUGGGUUUUCAUUUAAAACCAAGAGCAAUCUCUACAAGCACAAAAAAUCUCAUGCACACGCUAUCAAACUUGGACUUGUCCUGCAACCAGAUUCAGGUGGCCUCUUCUUAUCUCAUGACUCGGACAAAGCACUUAGCAUUCAUUCAGAUGUGGAAGAAAGCGGUGAAAGUGAAGAUGAAGGCACUGCAGAUGAAAGACAAGAUGAUCAAGAACUGGAACCUGCACAAUUAGUGAAAGUCAUUUCGAGUGCAGAAACACUGCAGAAAGGAAGCCCUACCCUAUUAAGCAACCCAGACUGUAUAUCAGCUGACUCUUCAUUACAUGAUGCAGAACCACAAGUAAGGGCAGCUUUACCAAAAGUAGUAGUUCAUUCUGUAAAUGUUUCUCCAUUGAGGGCUGAUAGCCCAAAAGUGACAGAGCCAGCACCUGAGCUUGCUGCAGCCCAGAGAAAAGGAGAUUCUAAAGUCACAACUCUUCAGUCAAAUUUAACACAUACAGCCUCAUUCAAGGAGAAUGACAUAAAGCAGCAUCAGAAAGUAGAAGCAGGCCUGUUAGAGGAACAGCCAGGAUCUACAGGAGGACCAGUGCAUGCUCAACUCCAGAGACAACAGGCUACUGAUGGUUCUCAAGAUCAGCAAGGAAAAUGUCUUUUGAGCCCUAGAAGUUUAGGUAGUACUGAUUCCGGUUAUUUCUCUCGUUCUGAAAGUGCCGAUCAAACAAUGAGCCCUCCAGCUCCUUUUGUAAGGGGAUUGUUGACCUCUGAGAAAGAUCCAAAUAAAAAUCUGCCCUGUGUGCCACGAGCAAGCGGCAUGGUAGCAUCAGUGGUACAAACUGUUUGUGCUGAAAAAAAUCUGAUUCUCUCUGGCCAAAUGCGACCUCCCUUGGCAACGAAAACCCUUGAGGAGCGUAUCUCAAAGUUAAUUUCUGAUAAUGAAGCUGUUGUGGAUGACAAACAGUUAGAUAGUGUAAAACCAAGAAGAACAUCUCUUUCAAGAAGAGGAAGCAUAGAUUCACCAAAAUCUUACAUAUUUAAGGAUUCUUUCCAGUUUGAUUUAAAACCCAUGGGAAGAAGAACUAGCUCAAGCUCUGAUAUACCAAAGUCUCCUUUCACACCCACUGAGAAAUCCAAGCAAGUUUUUCUUCUUUCUGUACCAUCCCUUGACUGUUUACCUAUAACACGAAGUAAUUCCAUGCCUACCACCAGUUACUCAGCAGUACCUCCUAAUGUCAUACCUCCCUCUCAUCCUCUUCGAGGAAGCCAGUCAUUUGAUGAUAAAAUUGGCUCUUUAUACGAUGACGUUUUUGUGUCAGGACCUGCUACCCCACUGAACCAAGGUGGACAUCCUCGGACCCUAGUCAGACAGGCAGCAAUAGAAGAUUCUUCUACUGGUGAAAGCCAAGGUCUUGGACCAGUGCGAUCUGUAGAAGAAAAUUAUCUGGGGUGUAAUUUAUCAAAUGAAUCCUUAUUGCACAGGAGCAAAUCCCUGGCACAGGGAUCAAAUUCAGAAAAAACAAAGAAGUCCCCUCAGGUGCGAGGAACAAUGUUUGAAUGUGAAACCUGCAGAAACAGAUAUAGAAAACUGGAAAAUUUUGAAAACCACAAGAAAUUUUAUUGUUCAGAGUUGCAUGGACCUAAAACUAAAGCAGCAAUCCGAGAGCCUGAGCACAAAACUGCUCCAAACAGUACACAGCCUCAAAUUCUACACUACAGAGUCACAACUUCAACUGGUGUCUGGGAGCAAACACCCCAAAUAAGGAAAAGAAGGAAAAUGAAAAGUGUUGGUGAUGAUGAUGACCCACAGCAAAAUGAUACUAGUGCACCAUCAAAAAACACAGAAGGCCAAAGCAAGCCAGCAAAUUCUUCCAGUCUGUCAAAACACAGUGCCACAACUGUGGUAGGAUCACAACAACCAAGCAAGCUUCUACUUCAGAAUUCCCAAAUUCAGCUUGUGGCUCGUGGCACAGAUCAGACUACUGAGCCAAAGAUGGCUCCCCUCAUUGAAAAGCAGUCAAGUUCAGCUGUGCAAGAAAAGGUGGAGUUGAAAAGACAAGGGACUGGCAUUUCAGUAAUACAGCACACAAAUUCACUGAGCAGAAAUAGCUCAUUCGAGAAAUCAGAGUCAUUUGAAAGAGUAUCACCAGUUUCUUCUCAAGAGCCCAACAAGGGCACAAAGCACCGCUCUUUGAAUACAGUUGUAAUCCAAGAAGACAGACACUCUCAUCUGAGCACUCCCCAGCGUCACCAACCCUUGUCAUCAGAACCACCUAGAGGGGAAGUGCAGGGAAGCCAAUUAGUUUCUAAUGAGAGAAGUGCACCACUUCAGCCAUCAAGACUCGUUCGCCAGCAUAACAUCCAAGUUCCUGAAAUACUGGUCACAGAAGAACCAGACAGAGAGCAGGAAAACCAAUGCAGUGACCCAGAAAAGACAGAAAGGUUUAACUGGCCACAACGCAGUGAAACGCUGUCAAAAUUGCCAACAGAAAAACUUCCACCAAAGAAGAAGAGAAUUCGGUUGGCCGAAAUGGAACAUUCAUCUGCUGAAUCCAGUGUUGACUCCACACUUUCCAGAAGCCUAAGUCGGGAGAGUAGCUUGUCUCAUGCCUCUAGUUUCUCAACUUCACUUGAUAAAGAUGAAACUUUAAAGGCUGAGAAUCCUUCCAAAGCAGAGCCUGUUAGUAAGUCAUCAGAAUUCCUCAUGAUUCCUGCUGGCUCACAUGCACUGGCAGUGCCUGGACCUCAUUACCGGGAAAUGAGACGUGCCGCCUCAGAGCAAAUCAGCUGCACGCAGCCCUCAAUGGAGGUUGUGGACUACAGGAGUAAGUCUUUCGACUGCGGGAGCAUGUCUCCAUCAAAACCUGUCCCGCUUGUAGAGGUAGCCACUCCAAAAGGGUCAUCUGCAAAUGGAGCUGCUGGACACGUGCCUCUGCUAGAAAGGAGGAGGGGGCCAUUUGUAAGACAAAUAUCUUUAAAUAUUGCUCCCGAAAAUCAGCAGCCUCAAGUGAAAUCGACUUCUUCAUUACAGGCAGCUCAUGCCACAGAUGUGCCCACAGUGCCAUUGCACAGGCUGCAGACCUCUGGCAAACCCUCGGUGGAGUUUCCUUCAAGUACUCAGCAAUCACAGACUAACUCCAGACCUAAUUCAACAAUUCAAAAUUGUAAUCCUGUUAGCCUGCCUUCAUCUCAGCAGCCUCUGGAUCACAUGUUGAAUAAUCAAGGCCAGCCGUCCUUGACUCAUCAGCCUUCUCAGCCGUCUACUAAAACAUCAGCCCAAGGGGAACAAGCAGGCACAAACUCGCUUUCUUGUCAACCUGAUGAAAAAAAGGACUGUUUUGCUCCAAAGUAUCAACUUCAAGUUAAAACAUUGCAUAUAGGUCAGCCAUACUCUUCUAAAUUGCUAAAAAAUACUUUAUCAACUCAGACUGGUCCAAAUCAAGUUGGCGUGGACCAGAAUGCAUCUUCUUUUGAAGUGCAGACAAAACUCUCUGACAUGUCUAACCCAUACUCUGUGCCUCCUCUAAAGCAAAUUGUUCCUAAUAACUGCAGCAGUCAGAUCCAUCAGAUUCCUCCUUUUGUGGUUCCCGUCCGUAUUCAGAGCAGUAUGCCAUCCUAUGGCUUCGCAACUGUUACACCCCUGCCUCACAUUUUAGUGACCCAGGAUCAGGGAAAUCAGUCCAUCUGCAAAACAAAUGUCGUGAUGGUGCCAACUCUUGAAGGUAAAACUCAGCUGCCAAAAUCUCACAAAGAUCAUCAGAGAACUUUGCCAAAUUCAUUUGAAUUUGAAAAUUCACCACUGGAAAGUGGUACCAGAAAUUCACCUUUGUCAAGCUCUUCAAAUAUCAUUCAGAAAGUGCCAGUUAGCGGACUCUUCCCUCAACCAGAAGUUACAGCUUCAAGUAAACGAAUGCUUUCCCCAGCAAACAGUUUAGAUAUUGCCAUGGAAAAACAGCAAAAACGUGUUAAAGAUGAGAGUGGAGCUGCUUGUAUGGCAGAUGCUAGACCAUUGCAUUCACUGAACAUUAGAUCUAAUGACCCUCCUAGUAAGCAAAAGAAACCAGUUUUGGUAAGACAGGUUUGCACCACAGAGCCUCUUGAAAAUCACCUCUUGGAUCCUGAUGUUGUCACACAGCAUGAAAAAAGCAGCAAGGCCAGUACUUCAGACCUGCCUGACCAUCAGUCAUCUGACACUGGGAUUUCAGAAACCCUAAAAAAGUCACCAGAAUCCGAAGACAUUAAGUCUUCCACAUCACCACUGUUUGUAGUCGGGAAACCUUCUGAAUUGUCUCCAGUGAACAGCCAGAGUUCUCUUCUCAAGGCUGUAAGUAGCAGCCAAGAAAGAAGGUCCCCACCUAACAGUGAUGACAGCACCCACAUCAGCAGCCCAGGCCAAGCAAAGCCUGUAGCAACACUGGCUGUGAUGAAUGCAGGGGAAAUGCAGAGGUUGUCAUUUCCAAGCCUCAAGACCACAACAAAUUUUACCUGGUGUUACCUCAUGAAGAGAAAACCAUUGCACCUGCUGCAAAAUGAUCAAAAAAUCUCUGCCUAUUCUACAUGGACCAUUAGUCCCAACAACCCCAAUCCACUCGGUUUGUCGACAAAGGUAGCUCUCUCCCUCCUCAAUUCCAAACAAAAAGUUGAAAAGCCACUGUACACUCUAGCAAGAACUACGCACCCCAGAUCUGAUGUAUUGGUCUAUUCAAGCAAGUGGAAGAACAGCUUGACCAAGAGAUCAUUAAAUAGGAAAAAAUUGACUCCAACUGAAUUCAGCAAUAAAGAAAACUCUGAAUCGAGCACUGAACAUGAUAAAGAAAACUCAUUUAUCAAAACUGUACCAAGAAGAGUUAAAAUAUUUGAUGGAGGGUACAAGUCAAACGAAGACUAUGUGUACGUGAGAGGGAGAGGGAGAGGGAAGUAUAUCUGUGAGGAGUGUGGAAUACGUUGCAAGAAGCCCAGCAUGCUGAAGAAGCACAUUCGCACACACACCGAUGUCCGUCCUUACCACUGCAAUUACUGCAACUUUUCCUUCAAAACUAAAGGAAAUUUAACAAAGCAUAUGAAGUCAAAGGCACAUAGCAAGAAAUGCAUGGAUUUGGGAGUCUCAGUAGGCUUAAUAGAUGACCAGGAUGGAGAAGAAGAAUUUGGUGAGAAGCAAAGAUUUGGCUAUGACCGGUCAGGAUAUGACGUGGAGGAGUCUGAUGGUGGCGAUGAAGAUGAAAAUGACAAUGAGGACGAUGAUGAAGACAGCCAGGCUGAGUCAGUGCUCUCCACAACGCCCUCGGUGACGGCCAGCCCCCAGCACCACCCCUCUCGCCACGGCCUGCAGGAUGCCGCCAGCACCGACGACGACAUCAGGCUCCCAGACUGCUUCACUGGGGCUCACACGGACUCCAUGGAUGGUCUCCCAAAAGCGCUGCUGACUAAGAUGACUGUCCUUAGCACAGUGCAGUCGGUCAGCAGGACCUCCAGGUCGCCAGCAGAGUCCACCCAUCAGGAAGCACAUGAGGACAAAGCCCAGGAGAGAGGAGUGGGUCCCUGCAGCGCUGAUGCGGCACUGACGGACAUUGCUCCUGCGUCUCCGGGUCGCCAGAUGUCUGUGGAUUACCCUGAUCCAGAUACAGCCUUGGGCCACUCCUUAAUAUCAACUGCAGCUCUUACAAAGAGCACGCCCUCCAUCAGCUCCCCGUCCUCGCUGGCAGUCCACAGCAUGCCGACGACAGCGCCGUCACCCUACACCGAAAUCCCAGAGGAGAAGCCGGCUGCCGAGCCGAGAGCUCCCCAGACUCACCUCUUCAGCCACCUGCCCCUGCACUCGCAGCGGCAAGCCAAGGCUCCCUACGGCAUGGUGCCAGUCGGGGGCAUCCAGGUGGUCCCUGCCGGCCUGGCCACCUACUCCACCUUUGUUCCCAUCCAGGCGGGGCCGGUGCAGCUCACUAUCCCAGCUGUGAGUGUGAUUCACAGAACUACCAGCGCCCUUGGCGAGACAGGCGGCACAGCCUCCGGCACCACCACGAAUCCCGUGGGAGUCGCCGAGGUGAACAGCGUGGUGCCGUGCAUUCCCAUCGGCCAGGUGAGCGUGCCGGGCAUUCAGGGGCUCGGCACGCCCAACCUGCAGCCUCUGCCGCCGCUGGGCAUGGAGACAGUGAACAUCCUGGGCCUGGCAAACACCAAUAUCGCCCCGCAGAUGCGCCCUCCGGGAAUUACCCUCAACGCCGUGGGCCUCCAGGUGCUGACGGCUGGCACGGCGCCGCAGGGCACCCCCAGCCCACAGGGACCCCUUCCCGGCCUGCAGAUCCUGAACAUCGCCCUGCCGACCCUCAUCCCCUCCGUCAGCCCCGCCAGCACCGAGGGGCACGGAGCCUCCGAGGCACCCACUGCAGGCUCCAAAGCCAGCGAGGUCCAGCUGGAGCCAGCUCCUGUCGUCUUCCCCACGGUUGAGGCCGGCCAGGCCGGCCGGGAUGCUUCUCCUCAGGCAGCAGCUGGUGGCCAGCGGUACGGCGGGAAGAGCCAUCCCGAGCCCACCCCACUGGCCAACCCCGCUGGUCCCGGGAAAGCUGAUCCUGAAAAGACUGACCUCGCGAACCCCAGCAAGCCAAAGCGUGACCUCCCUGCCCUCCAGGUGAAGAGGGCUGCCCCGGCAGAGCCCCGCUCCAAGGUGAAUCCCAGCACGUUAACCAAGUCCCCAGUCCACCGAACUGUCACCCCGGACAGACAGGUACCCAGGCCAGCCGCCCCGCCCCAGCGGCAAAACACGGUGCAGUUUAGCGAUGGCAGCAGUGACGAUGAGGAUAGACUUGUAAUAGCAACCUAG